AUCUACACAGCAUCCCGCAUAUAUACUCUUCAUUGCGUCCGCUGACUACGUACAUUGAAGAAGCCAAUUUUCUAUAUCUGUUCGGCCGUAUCGAAAAAGUACCUUCGAACGAAUCGUCCAAAAUAAAACGGAAAUGACCCUCGCACCUAGAUUUGCUGGCCAGCAGCUCGCCGCCGGAGGCUUCGUGGGCACUAAGCACACGCUGGAAAUUUACUUGGACUACGUUUGUCCCUUCUCCGCCAAAUUAUUCCACACCUUCUACCCACUAAUAACCGCGUUCUUCAACAACCCCAACUCCGCAUCCUCCAAACACCUCCAGGUAAUAUUCCGCCAGCAAAUCCAGCCCUGGCACCCUUCCUCAACCCUCACACACGAAGCGGGAUUAGCCGUCCUCAAGCUUGCUCCGGAGAAAUUCUGGCCUUUCAGCGCUGCGCUAUUCGCCAAGCAGAAGGAGUUCUUCGAUGUGAGUGUCGUCAAUGAGAAGAGGAACGACACGUAUGUGCGCCUGGCAAAGAUCGGGGCCGAAGUCGGUGUUGAUGAGGGGGCGAUGUUGAAGUUGCUGAAAAUUAGCGAUCAGCCGGAUAAGGAUGGGAAUCUGAAUAUCGGGAAUGGGGUUACGACUGAUAUGAAGCUGAUGGUCAAGGCCGCGCGGGUGGUUGGAACGCAUGUUACCCCUACAGUGUUCUUUGAUGGAGUCGAGGAGAGAUCCAUUAGUAGCAGCUUUACACGCGAACAAUGGGAGGAAUGGCUUCAGAAGAAUGUCGUUUGAUUAUUAUCGGUCCGUUGAGUGAUUUUAGGAACAUCAGAAUCAAGGAACGCAAAGACGAUGCCUGGAAAUUCUGACGAUUAAACAUGGGAAGGACAACUAUUUGUGCAAAGGAGAGACUAUGGAUUGAUGCAUACGUGUAGCACCUAAUGAGAAUGUGAGAGGGAUGUGUUGGAACGGGCUCACGUGGAUUUUUUUUCUCUUUCCGUAACAUAAAAACAAAGAUGGAAGUGAAAUAAAAUAUCUAUAUGGGAAUAAAAAAACAGCAAGGAGAGUCAAACAAACAAAUCAAGUGAUUUAAGGAAUUUCGGAA